AUGACGAUGUCGCAACUUCUUCCAGAUAAAUUGGUAGAGGAAGAGAUACUAUGUCGAGUUCCGGCCACAUCUCUAAAACGUUUACGAGCUACCUGCAAACUAUGGAACGGUUUAUUCAACAAUAGGAGAUUUGCAAAAAAUCACUUUGAUAAAUCCGCAAAGCAAUUUCUGUUUUUCAUGUUAACGAAAGAGUAUAGGAUUCGCUCGUUGAGCGUGGAGCUUAAAGGUGAGCUUGGCCUACUAGAUCCGCUUCAUUCAGUUCAAUUCAAGAUAACUCAUGUCUUUCACUGUGAUGGCCUGUUGUUAUGCACCUAUGAAGGGUACCAUAGACUUGUGGUUUGGAACCCAUGUACCGGUCAAACCAAGUGGCUCAACCAUCCUGUAAGUCGUUACAAGGGUUACAUAACUAACACUCCUGGAGGUAACAUAACUUACACUCUUGGAUGCUACGAAGACAAGAAGUCUCACAAUAGUAGCUACAAAAUAUUGAGACUCGUGGAAUGGGAGAAGAACCAGAGAUUCGAAAUCUAUGAUAUAAAAUCUGAUUCAUGGAGGAUUCUUGACGUCAAUCCAGACUGCAUAUUAAUGUAUAAUCAUUCCAGCGUGUCUUUGAAGGGAAAGACCUACUGGUUUGCUUUGGAUGAAAAAGAGUUAGAUCCCGUCGUACUCUUAGUCAGUUUUGAUUAUACAACAGAGAGAUUUGCACGCGUGUGCCUUCCUAAUCCGUAUGGCAUUUAUAGAAUAAUGUCUCUAUCGGUUGUCAGAGAAGAGAAGCUUUCGGUUUUAUUACGACGCAGGGAUGCAUUAGAGUCAGAGAUAGAGAUAUGGGUAAGCAAUCCGAUUGAUGAGCACAAGGUGGUUUCGUGGAGCAAGAUAUUAGUAGGGGAUGAGCCUAGGCUUGGCCUUUGCCGCGGAACAAGUUUCUUGGUGGACGAGGAGAAGAAAAUUGCCUUGUGUUGUGAUAGGGGGAUAUGUAACCAAGACACGACCAAGGACUACUUCUUCCUAUACAUUAUUGGGGAGGAUAACGAACUCACACAAGUGGAUUUCGGAGCAUCUUCUACAUGGCAGUUACAUUCGCCACUUUUGUUCAAUUACGUUCCAAGUUUGGCUCAAAUCCAGUGAUCUGGAAGGCAAGAGAAAACAGAGGUGACUGAAAAAGCUACAUAUAUAUUAAUUAAUUUGAUCUUUUUGUUUUUUUUUUUGAACUCUGAGACUUCAUUGCAUUGACAAAGAAAAAAAAAACUGAGUAUCCAAAGAAACAAACCCAUGAGAAACUGGGCAGAGAUAAGGAAGUAAAUAACAGACUCAAUCCCUCGUCUUUGCUUUUUUUUUUGGGUCAAUAUAAAAAAAUUCAAGUCAUGCUAUGUAGUAAAGAUAUACACAUAAAAAAGACGGGAUAGUUAAUGUUGAUCUCCCUUUUCUAGCAUAUUCGAUAAUGGUUCAAUUUUUCAAAGCAUCUAUCAUUUCAGACAACUUGGGGAGUCAGUGAUCACAGAAAGCUUCUCCUUCUUAAAGGUAAAGCGGCAAUAGCACUCAUUAUCGAUUUGGUCACUCCAGUAUCCUUACCAGUGAGUGCAUCGAGAUGUUGUGGUCAUAAGAACACAUAACGUGUAAAUGCUUAAGAGUUAAGUCUAUUUAAAUCAAACUCUAACCUGAAUGUAUUCCUGUUGGAUGCGUUCAAACCUAAGUUCAAGAAAAUUCAGUGUACAAAUUGCAUGAGACACGCUAAGAACAUACAAACUGUCCUUUCCAAGGCCACAUGUAGUUUAUCACUUCCAAGGCCACACCUUAGAUGACUUAAUUACUGAAACUAUCAGUGACUAAGAAGAACAUUUGUGUGUUUCUUGAAGUUUCAUGGUUAGAUAAUAGGGACUUGAGAUAACUAAACACACACGCCAAAACCGAGUUUUAUACUAUAAUGGUUUGGACUAAAACAGAGUCAAGCAUCCAAAUAUAAGAUAUAUGUGCCUGUUAUACAGGUUGGCUGAAUAUUACUCGACCACACCUAAACCCGAUUGGUAUGAUAAUUAUAGGGAUAUCUCGGUCAGCAAAGGGCUAUUGUAUGAUAUCUAUCUUCGAGACUAUGAAAGCAUAUUCCCUAGAUGAUGGUUUAACAGAAGAAGCUCUGGUCACCAAGCUACGCACCCGUCGCUGUCAUCAUCUUUUCUGACACGCAUCAUAGAGACACAAUUCAUCAGGUUUUGUACAAUUAUCUACAAUUCAACAUUUUAUGCAAUUCCAGAUAAGUUAAAUGUUAGGCGUGUAGUCCAUGGUGUAGCAAUCAGAGAAUCAAAGGACUAUUAUAAAAAAUAAUAUUUAUAAAGUUGUGUCAGAUUACUUAACUUCUGAGCCUGAUUGUCUUUUAUGAUAAAAUUCUUGUAAACUUCACUGUGCAGGAAGAUACCUAACUUGUUCCGUGAUCUUCACCACUAAACAGUAAACACAGACGCACCAAAUCAAGUUUUAUAUUAUAAUGGUUUGUGCUAAACCAGAGUCACAUGUUCAUAUAUACGUAGUCCUGUUACAAAGGUUGACCCGACCCAAACCUAAACCCCAUUGGUUAUUCAAACGGUUACGUAA